CAUCUGAAAAUAAUUGCUCUAAAGAGACCAAUGUUGAUAGCACUGACAAGUAUUUUCAAGCUAGAUUUGAUAGUGCAGAAUACAUUUUAGAUCUAUCUUUUUACCAUGCUAGUGGAUUACAGCCUAUUUUCUUAGCAGCUACAAUCAAGUUAUUAGUUGUUGCGGGUUUGAGAGUUGACAUAGUAGAUGACUUGUCAAGCUCAACUAAGUGCUGGUAG